AUGGGUCACUGCGUCCCUUGUAUACAUCCAUCUCUUUGCUGUGUUAUCACUGCAACCCUGGAGUGUCUACCAUCAUACCUGCAACGGUACUGCACAGCAACUCACUCUCUGAGCACUGUGCAGUCAUUACAUGUGCCUCUACUGUGUGCACACCCCUUCUACAGAACCUCAUCCCUCUCUCUUCACCCCUCACCCGUAGUGACACAGAGUGAACAUGGCGCGCAAGGCACCACGGAGAACCGUCAUUUACGGUACACUCCUGUUGUUUUUGUUGGUGGUAGUGUUCAUUGGUCAUUAUUACCUGGACACUGA